GGAACUGGGGAAGCCGUCGUCUUCCUUGAGAUCUCUCCCAAGCUAUCUAACGUACGAAAUCCUUCACUUUGAAUAUCUCCCAAUGGGAUUUGGAGCACUGCGAAGCUUCAUUCGACCUCUCUCAAGAACCCUAAUAUCUCGCGCUUCGACUCGCAUUGCGUCGGCUUCAUCUUCGUUGGGCGGCUCCCCAUCUCCAAAACCCCAGCUUCGCUUUCCUCUCGGUUUCUUGCUUCACCGCCCAUCUCCAUGGACUCAGUUCGCCAACCAUUUGCACGGAUUGACGAGCAGCUUGACGGACACUCGAUUCCCAAAGCGAAGACCCGUUGACAAACCCCGUCGGAAAAGGGCCGCCUUGAGACCCCCAGGGCCAUAUGCUUGGGUGAAAUAUGUUCCGGGGGAGCCAAUCCUCCCUAACAACCCUAACGAAGGAAGUGUGAAGAGAAGGAAUGAGAAGAAGCGCAUGAGGCAGCGCCGCGAAUUUAUAAAGGUAGAGGCAAAAAAGAGGAAAGCUCAAUUGCAAGAAGCUAACAGGAAGAAGAGAAACAAGAGGGUAGAACGUAAAAUGGCUGCAGUUGCAAGGGAUAGAGCAUGGGCCGAGAGACUGGCUGAGCUGCAGUUGCUCGAGGAAGAGAAGAAGAGAACGAUGGCAUAGUUUGUUCUGCCUGGCCCCACAUUUGCAGAUGAUAAUGCUUGCCUGUACUUUUGGUCUGUGAUAAUCUGAACUUUAAACUUGUUUCCCAUAAGAUCAGUGUAUGGUUUUCCUGCUAAUAUGUUGGACAAGAGAGCCACUAUUUGUUUCAGAACAAUUCGACAAAGGACCUUUCUUUUUCUUUCUUGCAAAUCUAAAA